CAAGGCCAGUUCCUGUCCAAAAUGUUACCCGUCAUAGUCCUAGUGCUCGUUGCAUCGCCACUCUUGUUGCUGGCCAAUGCCGUAUGGAUCACCGCCUCAUGCUACUACCUCACGCCGGCGAGGAUCCGGAGGAUCUUGUCCAGACAAGGCGUCCACGGCCCCACGCCACGCCUCCUCGUCGGGAACCUCCAUGACAUCUCCGCCCUGGUCGCCGAGUCCACCGCCGGGGACAUGGGCUCUCUCAGCCACGACAUCGUCGGCCGCCUCCUGCCGCACUACGUUCUCUGGUCCAAGACGUUCGGGAGGCUGUUCGUCUACUGGUACGGGAGCGAGCCACGGGUGUGCGUGACGGACGCCGGCAUGGUGCGCGAGCUGCUCUCGUCGAAGCAUGCGCACGUGACCGGCAAAUCGUGGCUGCAGCGGCAGGGCGCCAAGCACUUCAUCGGCCGUGGCCUGCUCAUGGCGAACGGUGCCACCUGGUCGCACCAGCGCCACGUCGUCGCCCCAGCCUUCAUGGCCGACAAGCUCAAGGGAAGGGUCGGGCACAUGGUGGAGUGCACGCGGCAGACGGUGAGGGCGCUGCGCGAGGCGGUGGCGCGGGGCGGAAACGAGGUUGAGAUGGGCGCGCACAUGACGAGGCUCGCCGGCGACGUCAUCGCGCGCACCGAGUUCGACACCAGCUAUGAGACCGGCAAGCGCAUCUUCCACCUCAUCGAGGAGCUGCAGCGGCUCACCGCACGCUCCAGCCGCUACCUCUGGGUCCCCGGCAGCCAGUAUUUCCCAAGCAAGUACAGGAGAGAGAUGAAACGGCUGAACGGGGAGCUGGAGCAGGUUCUCAAGGAGUCGAUCCAGCGCAACCGCGAGAUCGCGGACGAGGGACGGACGCCGUCACCGGAAGCGUGCGGCCGGGGGCUCCUCGGGAUGCUCCUGGCCGAGAUGGAGAAGAAGGAGAACGCGUUCGGCCACGGCGAGCUGGGGUACGAUGCGCAGACGAUCAUUGACGAGUGCAAGACCUUCUUCUUCGCCGGCCACGAGACAUCGGCGCUGCUCCUCACCUGGGCCAUCAUGCUGCUUGCCACGCACCCCGAGUGGCAGGACAAGGCUCGCGCCGAGGUCGCCCAAGUCUCUGGCGACGCUCCACCCGCCGCAGAUCACCUCCCCAAGCUCACCGUCCUGCAGAUGGUGAUCAACGAGACGCUGCGCCUGUACCCGCCGGCGACGCUGCUGCCGAGGAUGGCCUUCGAGGACAUCACGCUCGGCGGCGAGCUGCGGGUGCCGAGGGGCGCGUCGGUGUGGAUCCCCUUGCUGGCCAUCCACCACGAUAAGGCCGUGUGGGGCACGGACGCCCACGAGUUCAGGCCGGACAGGUUCGCGCCCGGCCGCGCCCGGCCAGGAGCGGGCCGGUUCCUGCCCUUCGCGGCCGGGCCACGCAACUGCGUCGGGCAGGCGUACGCCAUGGUGGAGGCCAAGGUCGUGCUGGCCAUGCUGCUCGCGAGCUUCCGCUUCGGCAUCUCUGACGAGUACCGCCACGCGCCGGUGAACGUCCUCACUCUCCGGCCGCGCCACGGCGUGCCCGUGCGCCUGCUGCCGCUGCGAAGCCCGUAGGCCGGCUUGGGUUUCGGCAGCGUACUCGCAAUUUUGAGUGUGUGUGUUUUUUUGCAUUUCUUUUUUGCUUGAGUAGAGAGAGUUUUUGUGCUUCGAUUCGGAACUACAGUAUACUGUCUAUGAAGGCAGUGGCGGAGGACAAAAAAUACUUGAGGUGGGGCGGACGUUAAAGCUAAAAUACUGU